CCUCCUUCCUCACCCAUACACUCCCGUGGCUGUGGGUUUGUGCUGUGUGGCCUUUCUCCCUCCACCCAACCCAACCAAGAAUCAGAGCGCGGAGAGAGAGAGAGAGAGGCCCCGCCUCCACGAAGCACUCCCAUGGCGGCCAUGGACAUCCUCUCCUGCAAGCUCCGCUCCCUCCACCUAAAUUCGCCCCUCCUCCCCUCGCCUCCUUCCCCCUCCCGCUCCGUCCCCACCUCCCGCCGGCUCCGCCGCCGUCGCCAUGCUCCCCUCCGCUGCCGCCUCACCACCUCAUCCUCCCCAUCCACUUCCACCACCACCACUACGGAGGAGGAGGAUGCGAAAAGCCAGGACCUUUCCUCCCUCCUCUCCUCAUCCUCCUCGGACCCCUCCGCCGCCGCCGCCGGCAAGAAGAAGCGGUCGGGCGGCAACAGCGGCGCGUCGAGCAUUCCGUCGGGGGUGCGGCUGGAGGGCAUCUCCAAGUCCUACAAGGGCGUCACGGUGCUCAAGGACGUGUCCUGGGAGGUGCAGCGCGGCGAGAAGGUGGGGCUCGUCGGCGUGAACGGCGCCGGCAAGACGACGCAGCUCCGCAUCAUCGCGGGGCUCGAGGAGCCCGACGGCGGCACCGUCAUUAAGGCCAAGGAGAACAUGAAGAUCGCCUUCCUCAGCCAGGAGUUCGAGGUCUCCGCCUCCCGCACAGUCCGGGAGGAGUUCUUCAGCGCCUUCGAGGAGGAGAUGGAGGUCAAGCGCCGCCUCGAGCAGGUGCAAACCGCGCUCGAGGGCGCCACGGAGGACCUGGACCUCAUGGGCCGGCUCCUCGACGAGCUCGACCUCCUGCAGCGGCGGUCACAGGACGUGGACCUCGACAUGGUGGACGUCAAGGUGCAGAAGCUCAUGCCGGAGCUCGGGUUCGCGCCGGAGGAUGCCGACCGCCUUGUCGCGUCCUUCAGUGGCGGGUGGCAGAUGAGGAUGUCUCUAGGCAAGAUACUUCUUCAGGACCCUGAUUUGCUGCUACUUGAUGAGCCUACAAAUCAUGUUGAUUUGGAUACCAUUGAGUGGCUGGAGAGCUAUCUGAAGACUCAGGAUGUGCCGAUGGUCAUCAUAUCUCACGACAGGGCUUUUCUUGAUCAAUUGUGUACCAAGAUAGUAGAAACUGAAUUUGGUGUGUCCAAGACAUACAAGGGUAACUACUCAGAAUACAUUCUAGCGAAAGCGAUAGCGGUUGAGGCACAAUAUGCUGCGUGGGAGAAGCAGCAGAAGGAGAUUGAACAGACAAAGGAACUGAUAAACAGACUUGGAGCUGGAGUUAAUGCAGGGCGUGCUUCCAGUGAGCAAAAGAAAUUGGAGAAGCUUGAAAAGGAAGGGUUGAUUGAGAAACCUUUCCAGAGGAAGCAGCUUAAGAUCAGAUUCCCUGAGCGGGGAAGAAGUGGUAGAACUGUGUUAGCAAUAAAAAAUCUUCAGUUCGGAUUUGAGGAUAAGACUUUGUUCAACAAUGCCAAUCUAAUAGUAGAGAGAGGUGAAAAGAUAGCUAUUAUUGGGCCCAAUGGAUGUGGGAAGAGCACACUGCUUAAACUUAUUUUGGGGAUGGAGAAGCCACAAGAUGGUGAGGUGCUUCUUGGGGACCAUAAUGUGUUGCCGAACUAUUUCGAGCAGAAUCAGGCAGAAGCUCUUGAUUUGGAGAAGACCGUGCUAGAUACUGUAGCAGAUGCUGCAGAAGAUUGGAAGCUUGAUGAUAUCAAAGGUCUCCUCGGCCGUUGUAACUUCAGGGAUGACAUGCUGGACAGAAAAGUUCAAUUUUUAAGCGGUGGAGAGAAGGCGAGACUUGCAUUUUGCAAGUUCAUGGUGACUCCAUCUACUUUACUCAUAUUGGAUGAACCGACAAACCAUCUUGAUAUCCCAUCAAAAGAAAUGCUUGAGGAGGCAAUAUCAGAAUAUACAGGUACUGUGAUAACAGUUUCUCAUGAUCGGUACUUCAUAAAACAAAUUGUUAACCGAGUCAUUGAAGUGAAAGAUCAGACUAUUCAGGACUAUCAAGGAGAUUAUAAUUAUUACCUUGAAAGGAACCUUGAAGCCAGAGAAAGGGAACUUGCCCGUGAGGAAGAGCUCGAGGAGAAAGCUCCCAAAGUAAAGGCCAAAUCCAAAAUGUCGAAGGCAGAGAAAGCUGUCAGAAAGAAGCAGAAGGUUCAGGCCUUCCAACAAAGCAAGCAAAAAUCGAAGUCACUUAAAAACGCAAAGAGGUGGAAGUGAGCUUUUCAUGGUUCCUCAUAGGGGCAUUUGCAGUGCCAUAUGCUAUUACACCUUACAAGGCAGACACCACUAUUCUCUUCUCUGCAUGGUGUGGUGUAUGCUAUUACAGGUAUACCAACAGAAGCACUGGAAUGCAUCAGCAGGAAGCAAUCCUACUAGCGCCGCAGAAGACCAAAGUUACUGUAACUAAUCAGGAAGCGCUAUGUGACCUUGUACAUAAUACAGGCAGUUUCUGAAGGAGGGACGGUUUAUUUUUGUGAUGAAUGGAAAUGCCUCAUCAUGUUCAUCCACCUUUGUUAUUCCCCCCUGCGAACCACACAUUGUACAAUGCACUGGAUCAAUGCCUCAGAGGCGAUUCUUUAUCGUA